UGAGUCCGAGGUUGCUUUGGAGCUUCAAAUCAAACCAAAUUGGUUCAGGACAAAAAAAAAUCAAACCAAAUUGAACCGAUUGCUUGCCGGGUCUAUGCAUUUCCUUUGAUAAUUUUAUGCUUUGGGGAACCAAGCAAAUCAAUCUCAGGCUGGUAAAACGAAGAAGAAAAGAGAGUUUUUUGACGAACAGAUGAGAUGAAGAGAAUGCAAUUCAAGAUGUACGGUUCGUUCGGGUCCAGAGUGGUGGUGCUGCUUUUGUUUCUGCUUCUGGGCAUAAGCAAUUGCGUAGCACAAGCUUCUUCUUCUUCUGAGGCUACUAUGCACACUAACAACUGGGCUGUUUUGGUCUGCACCUCUCGCUUCUGGUUUAAUUAUCGACACAUGGCUAAUACUUUAUCAUUGUAUAGGACAGUUAAGCGGUUAGGAAUACCUGAUGAGAGGAUAAUACUCAUGCUGGCAGAUGAUAUGGCUUGCAAUGCUAGAAACAAAUACCCUGCACAAGUUUUUAACAAUGAGAACCACAAACUUAACUUGUAUGGAGAUAAUGUUGAGGUAGAUUAUCGAGGUUAUGAAGUGACAGUUGAAAAUUUUCUACGGGUAUUGUCUGGGCGUCAUGAGAAUGGGGUUCCAAGAUCUAAGCGUCUUUUAAGUGAUGAAGGAAGCCACAUUCUGCUGUAUAUGACAGGACAUGGGGGAGAUGAAUUUUUGAAAUUUCAGGACUCAGAAGAGCUCCAAAGUCAUGAUUUAGCCGAUGCUGUGAAACAAAUGAAAGAAAAACGUAGAUUCAAGGAGCUGCUUAUAAUGGUGGACACUUGCCAAGCUGCAACUCUCUUCUCUCAGCUUCAAUCACCAGGUGUUUUGACCAUUGGAAGCAGCAUGAAAGGAGAGAACUCGUACUCACAUCACUUGGAUUCAGACGUUGGUGUUUCAGUUGUGGAUCGUUUUACAUUUUACACCCUUGGAUUCUUUGAGAGGCUAAAUAUGUACAAUAAUGCCUCCUUAAUCAGUCUUUUCAGUUCUUAUAAUCCUAGUAUGUUGAUGUCAACUGCAUAUUACCGAACAGAUCUGUACCAACGUCGUUUGGAGGAGGUACCAGUGACGAACUUCUUUGGCUCAGUCAUGGAAACAAUACAUACUGAUUCAGCUUACAGUGUCCUGUCAAGAAAGGAAUCCGGCGGGGCUGAAAUCAGAAAGUCUACAGAUAAAUCAGUCCAUGACAAGAAAAGAUCAUUGUUGAAUUCCAUUGAGUUGGAUCAAAUUAUUAAGGUAAACACUAAGGAUCAACAAGGCACUUCUAAAUGUAAAUGGAGUGCUUUUCUUCAGGAGAUGGAAAAAGUGAAAGAUGUUGAUACCUUUGUGAACUAUGGCUUGGUUCUAAUAGUUCCACUGUUGACGGCUUCGAUGUGGCUGACAUGAUGAAACUUUGAGGCAACAUCUUUGAUUUAGUUUCUCAUUCGUGCCCAAAUCGACAUAUUUGCCAACCUUACAUUCGAUGCCUGUGUAAUGGGAGGGAUUAAUUGAGGUUAGAUAUGUGCAAAACCUCCGUUCUUUCCUCUCAGUGUCUGCUGUUUUGUGUGUGUGAGAGAGAGAGAGAGAGGUGAAUAGUUUCUGUUUGCUUUGUCUUAUAUUAUGAAAUUUCUGGUUUUUAGCAUGA